AGUACUGACCUUCCUACUUCUCCACAGGGCCUGGUGUUCUCCAAGACCCAGUACUGACCUUCCAACUUCUCCACAGGGCCUGGUGUUCUCCAAGACCCAGUACUGACCUUCCUACUUCUCCACAGGGCCUGGUGUUCUCCAAGAUCCAGUACUGACCUUCCUACUUCUCCACAGGGCCUGAUAUUCUCCAAGACCCAGUACUGACCUUCCUACUUCUCCACAGGGCCUGGUGUUCUCCAAGGGUCAGUAUGGCCAGCCAAACUGCAUGUACGCGGGUCCACACUCCGGUAAGACUCACUUCGAGUUUCAGAUAUACUACAACAGCUGCGGCACCAAGCCAGACAUGGGUGACAAGUUCUACGAGAAUACUAUCAUCAUCCAGUACGACGCUGACCUCAUCGAGGUAUGGGACGAGGCCAAGCGUCUACGGUGUGAGUGGUACAAUGACUACGAGAAGACGGCCAGCAAGCCUCCCAUGAAGAUUGCUGACCUGGAGGUAGUCGAACUCAACUUCAGAGGUGACAACGUGGACUGUUGGAUGGAGAUCCAGGACGGGAAGGGUCCCUGGGCCUCCCCUAUCACCGGCAUCGUUCCUCUAGGCUCCACUCUCACCAUGGUUAUUGCUAUCAAUGAUCAGGCAGGCGAAUUCGAUAUGCGGGUCACGUCAUGUGAGGCGUCAGACGGCGUCAACUCCCCCAUAUACUUGAGCGACCAGUAUGGGUGCGUCCUGCGUCCCAAGAUGAUCUCAAAAUUCAUGAAACUUCGUAACAACGACGGCCGCGCUACCGUCCUCACUUAUGCUCACUUCCACGCCUUCAAAUUCCCUGACUCAAUGGCGGUCCACUUGCGCUGCAAGGUUGAGAUUUGCCGAUUUGGCUGCCCAGACCAUUGCCAGAAACCCACUGCCGGCAAUCCAAUUGGGGACUACAGCCGUCAGACACUAGCUAGACAACCCAGUGACGUAUAUGCUGCCCCAGCGGAGCCCGUUGCCCAAUACCAGGAGCCUCCAAACAAUGUCGACACCUCUAAUUUCGGGACAAGAAGGAUGCGGAAGAGCCCCGGCCUCGAUGCUUCCCUCGACUCUAUGGCAAUAAAGAACAAAGUACCCAAAGGUCCUCUCAUCAUUCCUGACGAGCAGUCUGCCCAGAUAUAUCUCGACGGCACACCACUCCAGGGCAGCGAAACUAUCGAACUCCCUAACUUCAAGGAAGACUUCCCCUGGGGCCCAAGAAACCUUCGCCGUCGACGCCGCAAUGUGAUUCUAGAGCGUCAUAUCCGUGCCUCCAACAUCGGUGUCUCAUCUGACUACCAGGUCAUCUCGGAGGCAGAUCUGGAGUUCACCCCUGAGCUGGAUGACCGUGUCACCGUCUUCAAGGGUCACCGUGAGGACGUGGUGUACGGAGUUUGCUUGCCGGCACCAGGGUUCUCCGCAUUAUUCGUGCUACUAGCCAUGUGUACUGUUAUCUCUGUUCUGGUGGCCGGUUUCAUGUGCCACCACCGACAGCUGCAGAAAGACACAACAGAGUCCCCCGCUGCUCCACACUCACAUCAACAGGUCUUCAGCAUGGUUCAAUUCCUAAGGGGUCAUCUCCCGGGCUACGCUCAGUGAUAAGAGAUAUCACCAUUUCAGGACAAAACUGCUCAAACCAUAACUAUCUCUCUCAACUUCUACCACUUCUAGGACUGUCGUGACGAUGCGACCAGCGCGUAGCUGUUUCAUAAAAGUUGAUUGUUGAGAGAUAUUAGUAAAGUACAAGAGAAGGAUCAAUAAAAGAACGAAUCACCUCAUAGCAGUGAUAGCACCUAGGACACGUGCUGGCAAAGCAACAAUUUUAAAUUAAUCUCUAGCCUUUUGUUCCUGGUCCUUCACAGCUUGAUGAGCGCCCCGAGCAGCCAUCACAUCAGUCCGAGUGUUGUAUAUAGUCUACCUGAAUCUCCUCUCGUGCGACUAAAUGGGUCUUGCUAAAUUAUCGUUUCGACAUAAUCUUUCAAUACUCAGAAUAAACCUAUUUUUAUAGUUUUACUAAUUUUUACAGUAUUUUAAUUUGAUGUUUCUUGUAUAUUGAGGGCCCAUUUAGUCCAUGUCAGAAGCUGAAUUAAGGAAAGCACAAGAUAUUACUCCAGUCAAGUUCUGUGUAUUAAUGACGUUAUGACAACUGUCCAGUCACGGGUGUGGGCGGCUGGGGAUCCGGGAAGGUCUAUGGGUACUGCUAUGAAUCUUUCUGCCUGUGGGAAACUCAACAGGUAUCCCCCUCGGACCAAAACACACUUUCCCAUUAUAUGAACGAGGCUCUAGAAGUCACUUUGGCUGAUAAUGCACUGGUGUAAGCGUUAAUACCGAGCGUGGGGGUGUAGUGGUGCUGUCCGUGAGAGGGCCUCCUCUCUAACAUUAAGGCUUGAGAGCUGCCUUCGUAUCAGCUGGCAGAGAACACAUAAGUAGAUGCAGUGGAUACCUUUAUUAUCGAUAACGUUUCGCCCACCCAGGGGGUUUUGUUAAUAAACUGAUAAUGACCCUCCCUUAACGAGUUGCUCGAGUUUGCCCAAGCCUAAUAGUGAUACACUUUUGACUACAUGACAGCUGGGGUUAGUGACCCUGCCUACUGGUGACGACACCAAGCCCAGUCAGUGAUUCUGGCCAAGUUGGUAGGAAAAUUCCCAAAGUGACUCCCUCGGAGUUUAUUCUCCUUGGUUGUGUUGACACAGCCGCGAUCCCGAGAAUGUUAUUGUGUACAUUGUGGCGGCCCCGGGGUGAUCCACGGCACCCAGGUGACCUCUACAAAUUAGUUGCGAGUGUAUGUUAAUUUAUGUGUGUGAAAGCGAUUGUAUGUGCGUGUUUAUGUAGGGGCGGGGAGUAUGUUGGCUCAGUCCGUAAUGUUUGUACUGUGUUAAUUAUAAGUUAAGAACCCAUCCGUCGCCUCCCAAUAAUUUUCUCCUUUUAGAAGUUAUUUAUAGCAUAAACUGACUUUCUGUUUCCCUUUUAAAGAUGCUUAGAGAUCUGCAAAUGUCUACUUUGACUCGUGGCUCAGAGUGCCUUAAUCUUGUAACUAAUAUACCCGGGUUCGAUCCUAGGGUGAGUAAAGACGUUGGGCAUGUUUUAUUACCCCUGUUUUUCCCCACUGAGCGACAAAGACCCAUUGUGACCUCUGUAAUCCUGAUUUUUUGAGCUACCGGUGACAGGAUGAGCUGUAGGUAUACAAUAUACUAGCCGUUCAGACGACACAACUAACACACCUGUUUCUCCUGUUCACCUAGCAGUAAGUAGAUACUUGGGUGUUAGUCGACUGUUAUGCGUCGCAUCCUGAGGAAGAGGCCCAUGGGACCCAGUGGAAAUAAACCACCGAUUGGUUCUCUUGGGUUAUCCUGGGUUACUAACCCUGUGAAUUAAUCCGAAAAUUCUUCUUCGUCUCAUCCUAAGACAAACAGUGACUUAGCGGCUGCUUUUCAGGUCGUAUAUCAUAUCCGUCUAUCCAGAGGCCUCUAGUAUCUAAUUUAAUGCGUUAUGCUAGCCGUAUAGUGUACUUAUACCUUACUUUGUUAAUAACGUAAAUAAAAAGAAGUAAGAAAGAUGAUAUUUUUUGACCCUGCAUACUUUCAAAAUAGAAACUCAAUUCAUUUUUAGUUAUGAUUAUUAUUAUUAUUAUUUUUAGCAGUUUAGCCUGCAUCACCCAAAAAGUCAUUUUCUUUCACUUCCUCAACAGUAACAGAAAAUGGAAACCUAAACCCAUCGCUGGAACUUUUUUUGUCCAGUUUUCGUUAAUGUUCUCAAGUAUAUAAAGAUGAUAAAAACUUAUACCGCAAUUGAACGUCUGUUGAUAAGCUUCACUGUCAGUAUGAUGUUGACUAGUGACCACAUGUAUGGUGAGUGGUCGCCCCUCACUAUGAGAGCCAGGGACUCCUCUACGUAUAUCACUGACUUACACAACUAAUU